AUGAAGACGGAAUCGCCUACGAAAGACCUCGCCAAAAAUGGCAUCACCAUUCGAAACCAUCGGCCCGGCGACAUGGGAUUCAUUACCUACCGUCACGGCGUAAUCUACGCGCAAGAGUACGGAUAUGGGGCCCCUUUCGAGUCACUGGUUGGCAGAAUCACAGCGGACUUCAUCGACUACUACGAUCCUGCGAUGGAGCGCUGCUGGAUCGCCGAGAAAGAUGGACAAUUCUUGGGCUGUAUUAUUCUUCACAAAGACCGCGAAACGCCAGGACAAGCCAGGUUGAGAUGCUUCUUGGUGGAGGAGAGUGCUCGUGGUCUAGGGAUAGGAAGCCAGCUCGUCAAGCUCUGCAUCGACUUUGCCAAGGAAGUCGGAUACCAGAGCAUUAUGCUGAGGACGGACAGUCAUCUAAGCGGCGCAAGGAGGCUGUACACAAAAGCGGGCUUCACGAUGUUUCUGACCGAGGAGCAUACGGGCUGGGGUGGCGAGAAACGAGUCGGCGAGAGCUGGGAGUUGAAGUUGCCAUCAUAG